UUAUCUUUUUCCCUUUGUGUCAUCUCCACUACCAUUCAUGAAAAUGCUAAAUCCGCGCAAAGCUCGGUUGGAGCGCCGGACAGCUGGCUCAACCAACCGGUGGCGUUUCUCCAAAGAGCCUUUCUCCAAAGAGCCUUUCUCCGGAGACCUGCUGGUGCUUUCCCAGAAGUGCAAGGCUUUGAGCAUAGACUUUGAUGAGGCCCUGAAGAACCCAGACAGGUUAUUCAUUUCACAAAUUCAGAAAUUUUUCUCUGAGAAUUUCAAGAACAAGCCCAUCCAAACCGGGGAGGCAGACGUGAUUCUUGAAUGCCUGGGCUUCAAGUGGGAACUCCAUCAGCCCCAGCUUUUUCAGUCUGAGACCUUAACCAGGCUUUACCUGGCGGCCCUGACGCGGGACACCACAAGUCCCUUGCAGGAACUGGAGAAGCUUCUGCGAGUUCGAUCGCCUGGGAAGACCAAAGAAAGAGCCCCAGUAAAAAAGAUGAUCAUUUCCUUGAAGAUCAACGACCCUCUGGUCACUAACGCUGCCUUUGCCACGGCCCUGAAGAACCUUUACAUGAACGAGGUGGAGAUGAAGGAGGACGACGUGCUGGGGGUGCUGGCCUCGGCACACAUCCUCCAGUUCAGCAGCCUGUUUCAGAGGUGUGUGGCUGUGAUGACAGAGGUCCUCUCACCCAGCACCAUCAAGAACUUCUACCUGGCAGGCUGCAAGUACAAGGAAGAACAACUCACCACCGCCUGUCAGAAGUGGCUGGAGAUGAACUUGGUCCCUCUGGUGGGGAAGCAGAUCCACCUCCGGAAAAUCCCACAGGACCUGCUCCACAAAGUGCUGAAGUCCCCUAGGUUGUUUACCUUUAGUGAAUUUCAUCUUCUGAAAACAAUACUCUUGUGGGUCUUCUUGCAACUAAACAACAAAAUUCACACCAUUCCGAUUUAUGAGACCGUGCUGACAUUUUUUAACAGCUUUUCCAAGGACUAUUGCUUUCUGGACCGUGAUGUAGGACAGAGCUUGAUGCCGCUCUUUCUCUGUUUGCAUCUGUACAGCAUUACCAGAGGCAAGGAUCUGGAGGAGUUAAGGCACAUUAACAUUUUCCCGGAGUCAUGGAUGGUCCGGGUUGCAGCCAACCAUUACCACGCACUGGAGAAUGGGGGCGACAUGGCCCACCUGAAAGAUUUUACCACCCAGGCUAUGAGAUUUGGGCUGCUCUUCAAACAGGAGUACACAACUCAUUCAGAAAUGAUCGCCGUAUAUGGAUUCUUCUUUGAGAUAAAGGGAAUCAAACAUGAUACUACCUCUUACAGUUUUUACAUGCAGAGAAUAAAGCACACAGACCCGGAACUCCCUGCCGUGGUCUGGGAGGAUGGCCCUAUCAACCUGAGGGCAGAGCGCGUGGUAAAGUACGAGAUCAGAGCCCAGACGCUGGUCGACGGCAAGUGGCAGGAGUUCAGGACAAGACAGAUCACUCAGAAGUUCGGGUUCGUGAAGCCAUCCUGCAAGAGCCAUGCCUUGAAAAUCCAAACUGUGGGCAUCCCAAUAUACGCAAGUUUCGCUUUCAUCUUCCCAGUAUCUUGA